AUGCUCGCCUUCAGCAUACUCGUGGCCGCGCUGUGGCCCGCGCUCGCUGCGGCGGACGUGCAGAGCCUCUCUGGCCUGUCGUGGACGCUGAAGAACACGAAUGGGUCGAUCGUCGUGCCCGCGAAGGUACCAUCUCAGGCGCACCUCGAUCUCUUUGACGCGGGAAUUAUCACCGAGCCGCUGUUAGGCAUAAAUGACUUCUCGCAAAGAUGGAUCAUAAACGAUAACUGGACAUAUACGGCCGAUCUGACCCCGCUAACCCAAAACAUGAGCGCCGACGCGAGAGCGCUCCUGGUCUUCUUCGGUAUCGACACCAUUGCAAACAUCACUGUCGCGGGGCACCCGGUCGCUUGGGUCAGCAACCAGUUCCAGCAGUACGUUUACGACGUGACGGACUUCGUCGUGGCCCCGGUGAAUAACGAUACGAACGUCACCGUCGCGCUCGAGUCGGCGUACUUGUAUGGGCUCAACGUUACCGCGCGUCCCGACGCUGAGAUAUCUCCAACAGGCGACUUUGAAUACGCCGGGAUCCGGCAAUUCAUACGGAAGACCCAGUCUGACUUUGGUUGGGAUUGGGGCCCCGCAUUUGUCCCGAGCGGAAUCUUCAAACCCGCAUAUCUCGUUACCCUUACCCCCGAUCGCCCCCACAUAGCUGACGUUAGUACCGAUGGCUCCAGGGCGGACCCAGCGUCGCACCCGCUUCUCGCAUCCGGAGGCAGCGUGCUCGUCGAAGAGACCUCGCUCGAGAUCUCCAAGGUCGGCCAGACAUCGAUAAGCACCCCCAACCAGACCGCAGCCUGGCUCGUCAACGUCACGCUCGGCGUGCGCUCCGUCGUCGGCUCUGACCACCCUACGCUGACGAUCACGAUCCCUGAGCUCAACGUGACCUCAGGCCCUCUCUCCGUCGACCCUAUACCCGUCUCCACCAACGCCACAACCUUCCUUUCCGCGGCGUUCACGAUUCCCGACGGCGUCCCCGCGCGCUGGUUCCCGCACAACCUCGGUACACCACAGCUGUACAACUUCACUAUCGCGCUCGCAUUAUCUAACUCUUCCUCGCCCGGCUCCUCCGUGAGCUUCACGACGCGCAGCGGGUUCCGAACGGUACAGCUCGUACAGACCCCGUACGAUGCAGCAGAUGCAGCAGCGCGCGGUAUCACGCCGGGCGACCAGUGGCACUUCGAGGUGAACGGGCGCGCGUUCUACACACUCGGCACGAACAUCAUCCCGUUCGACCCGUUCUACGCGCGCAUGACCUCCGCGCAAGUUCGCUGGGUGCUCGAGAGCGCUGUCAAGAGCGGGCAAAACAUGCUGCGCGUGUGGGGCGGCGGGAUCUACCAGCCGUCGGACGAGCUCACGGGCGGGUACGACUUCUACGCGGCGUGCGACGAGCUGGGCAUCUUCGCGUGGUCCGAGCUCAUCUUCUCCGACGCGCUGUACCCGAUCAACGACUGGCUGCUCGCGUCCGUCGCGCCCGAGGUGCGCCAGAAUGUGCGGCGCAUCAACCGCCACCCGAGCAACGCGCAGUGGGCGGGCGGGAACGAGAUCGAGGGGAUCGUGAUCACUGUGAACCAGACGCUGGCCAAUGGCACGCAUUACUUGGACGAGUUCCAAACACUGUUCGGCGAGUUCAUACAUGACAUCGUUACGGACGAGGAGUCGUCGGUCGCAUAUACGGACUGCUCGACGACUAGUGGUGUACUGAGUCUCGAUCCGUACGAGAUCAGGUAUGCCAACAAAACGGAAGGAUCUAUUUACGGCAACGGCGAGCGUUACAACUAUGACGCUUCGCAGGCGUUCAACUACAGCACCUAUCCCCGGUCUAGGUUUAUGAACGAGUUUGGGUUCCACUCGCAGCCUUCAUUCUAUAGCUGGGAAGAGGUUCUCGAGUCCCCCGACGACUUCUCAUUUAACUCCACCGUCGUCGCCUCCCGCGACCACCACCCACCCGCCGGCAGCCUCGCCUUCCCCAACCCGAAUGCGCCCCAAGGCCAGGCCCAGAUGACGACCGCCGUCGAGCUCUGGCUGCCGACCCCGAACACGACCGACACGAACCAGACGUUCGCGCAGUGGUGCUGGAGCACGCAGGUCUUCCAGUCGCUCAACAUGGUGUCCGAGAUCGCGUUCUACCGGCGCGGGGCCGGCGAGGGCGAGAACAACCUCGGCGCGCUCGUCUGGCAGCUUAACGACAUCUGGCAGGGCGCGAGCUGGUCCUCCAUCGAGCACUCCGGGCGCUGGAAGGUGCUCCAGUAUGGCAUGGCAGACAUCUUCCGCCCGGUCGUCAUCUACCCGUUCUGGACGCCCGACAACGCAACCCUGGAGAUUGUGGUGACGUCCGACCGCUGGGAAGACGUGCAGGGCGCGGCGGCGCUGACGUGGUAUGACUGGAGCGGGAACUUUAUCGACUCGUCGACACUGCCGUUCACGGUCCCGAGCCUGAACAAUACGCUCAUCCUGGCCAUCCAGGAGCUCGACAACAUUGUCCCGACUAACCACAACGCGACAGACGUUUGGCUGUACCUCAACAUUACCGCGCAGGUGGAAAACCGGACUGUCACGCACGAACAAUACUUCACUCCCGUGUCUCUGGCUACAGCAAACCUCGUUGACCCGAAGAUCAACGUGACGACUGGGGCAAACCUCACCUUUACGCUCUCGGCUCAAGGAGGCGUCGCGCCAUUCACCUGGCUCGACCACCCUGCCGGCACGGUGGGCUUCUUCGCAGACAGCGAGACCGGCUUGCCGUCCAACGGCUUCUUCCUUGUUCCGGGCAUCGAUCGCACAGUGCAAUUCAUCCCCAACCCUGAACUUUCGACGGUGGUGGACCCGGACCCGGCGGACUUCAUGGUCAGGUCUUUGUGGAAUAACACUCACCUGUGA